ACGUUGACGGUUGACCAAGCUUAAAUUUCUUUGGGCGUGUUUCAUUCCAUUUCUUGUUUAUUUUAUGCUUUGUAUCAUAUUAUUUAUCGAUGAUCGUUUGAUUUUAAAAUGGGCUCCAGAUCCAAAACUGGUAUUUUUGCCAUGAGCUUUUAUGGGCUGGCAUCUCUAUUUAUAUUAAUAGCUUUCGUAAGCCCAUACUGGUUAGUUACGGAUGGUAAGCUCAGAAAUCCAAAGUUUCUCAAAAUUGGCUUAUGGCAAGUUUGUUUUAAUGGAUUUGAAGAAGUGCAUCAUUGGUAUGAUGUAUCUUUCAAAGGAUGCUGGUGGAUAUUUGAAGAGGAAUACUAUAUUAUACAUGAUAUAUUGCUACCAGGAUUUUUUAUAGCAACACAAUUCUUUUUUACUGUGUCAAUGUGCUGCAUUCUUAUUUCACUUUUUCUAUCAAUUUCAUACAUUAGGAAGGAUAAUGAUGAUGAGAACUAUGUCACUCUUUUAGUUACAUUUGGCACUAUUCUUGUUAUAGGAGGCUUCUCAGGAAUAAUAUCUGUUGUGAUAUUUGGAGCUCGAGGUGACGGACGUGACUGGAUGCCAAAUUGGGAACAUAAUGAUUUAGGCUGGGCAUUUGCGAUUGGUGUUAUUGGUGUAAUAUUGCUGUUCCCAGCUGGCAUACUCUUCUUAGUUGAAGCAAGAGUCCGAAAAUACAAGAGGUUACAUGAAAUGCAAAGCAGGGAGCCCUCUUCUUACACCAUGCAAGAGAGGAAAAUGGCAUAUUCGGGCCACACUGACAUAUAAUAGGUUAAGUUUUAUUAAUAAAUUUCUAGCUGCCUAUUACUUAAGUAUUAACAGUAAAUAAGCAGCUUUACAUAUUUCCGUCCAUUUGCAUACAGAUAAAUACAUUUUUACUUGUAUCAAUUUAGUAAUAAAUAGAAUC